UAAGACCAAAGGCAACCAGCACUUCACCAUGUCGACAUAUUUAAGCUCCAGAAAAGAAAAACUUGACUUCCACGCUUUUACGAAAUUUUGAUCCCUUGCCAAUCGUCGCCGGAAAAUCCAACCUCACCGUCGGAGCUCUGGCAUUCACCGCCGGAGAAGAAGAAGGUGAUGAUGAAGAUCAACGUCAACUCCAUAGCUCGGAAAGUAGAGGUCGAUAAUCGGAUUCCUCUUCGCUACUACUAUCGAAUCGCUGAUAACCUCCUCAAACAGGCUAGUGUAUACCGGGAGGAGAAAAAUAUUGUUGAUUUGUAUAUCAUGCUUCUAAGAUUUUCAAGUUUGGUGACUGAAACUAUACCAUAUCAUCGAGAUUACCAGGUUGUUCUUCCAAAAGAAAGAAUGUUAUAUAAGAAGAAACUUUUGAAUGUACUGGAUGAACUUGAAUUAUUAAAGCCAGAAGCUGAUCGCAGAGUGAGAGAACUUAAUGAGAGACAUUCCAGAGCUCAGUUGGCUCAGAUUGAUGGCCCUGAAAGGACUUUGCAUGGUAAUCAGACCUCUCUACAAGUGCCUUCUGAAAACAAACAAUUGGCAACCAUGAAUGCUAAGCAGUCUACUUGCAUGGCGUCACAGUCUUCAUGGAAUCAUAACAAUAAUUAUUCCUUGGUUUCAUCCAAUGCUAUGCCAAUUGACAAGCAGUUCCAAAAGCUAUCGGUUAAACUUGGUCAUCCAAAUAAGGAGACUUUGUCCAGACAUUCAUUUUUAGGUCCAAAUGGUCUUCGAGGCCAGUGGCUUGGACCAAGUGCAGGGACUAAGAUUCAGUAUCCCAGCAGUACAGAUUUAACGCUUGCUGAAAUUCCUAUAGACUCAGGGCUGAAUCAGGCUGGACGAUAUGAUGUGGCAGUAAAAGAUAGCAAUUCAGGAGGAAUUCAAUCUUCAAUGGAUGCAGUGCUGUCCUUAAACGAUGGCAGAUGGCCCCAUCCAGCUGAGGAAUUACGUCCUCGUCUGAUUAAUGAAGUGAGUGAGGAUAUUUUCCAGCUUAGUAAUAUCCAUCAACCAUGCCCACCACCAGUUCUUGCUCGAGUACAGCAGGACAUUGCUCCAAUUCCUCCAUCAAAAGUUGCAGAUCCAAGACCUGGACCUUCAAAACCUUCUCAAGAUGGGAUGCCAAAUUCUAAUUCAUUUCGACAGCUACACGUUCCUGUAAGAUUGAUGGAGGACUUCUUGAGAUUAGCUCGAGCGAAUACAGCCAAAAACCUAGAGACUUGUGGUAUUCUUGCAGGUUCACUGCAAAAGAAUGUUUUCUACAUUACUACAUUAAUAGUUCCCAAGCAAGAGUCAACUUCUGAUUCGUGUGAAACAUUGAACGAGGAGGAAAUUUUUGAAGUUCAAGAGAGAUUAGAUCUUUUUCCUCUUGGAUGGAUUCAUACACAUCCAACACAAACAUGUUUCAUGUCAUCUGUUGAUCUGCACACUCAUUACUCAUACCAGGUUAUGUUACCAGAAUCAGUUGCUAUUGUUAUGGCUCCAACAGAUGAAUCUAGUCCCCAUGGCAUUUUCCAUUUGUCGGACCCAGGUGGUGUGUCAGUAAUUCGAAACUGUGACCAACGGGGUUUUCAUCCGCAUGAGGAGCCAUCAGAUGGAACUUCAAUAUAUGAACACUGUUCUCAUGUCUUCAUGAAUCCGAAAAUCAAGCAUGAUGUUCUUGAUCUCCGGUGAUUUUUUGUAAAUAAAAACCUAAUGGGAAGAUUAUUUUCAGAGAAGGUAAAUAUUUUAUGAACAUCAUCGGCGAUAGCUAUGCGUUUUACCCGACGAAUACUGUAAAUUCGACUUGAAUUAAGUAGAAAACUCGAUGGAGAUGUUACACUUAUUCUAUUGUGAAUAUUAAUUACCAGGUUCUUACCUUCAGGCUUUGUCAAACUCUAUUAUAUCAUGAUGAGAUUCGAUAGUUUAAUAGUAAUCGUGUAUUUUGUACUGAA